GCGGCGGCGGCGGCCGAAGCCCCCGAGCCGCUCCGGGAAUGCGGCUGCAAGGGCAUCCGGACCUGUCUGAUCUGCGAACGGCAGCGCGAGAACACAGCAGUUCCUGUACUGCCCAGACACCGGCUGGGCCGUGGGGGCCACCGACUCGGACUUCGAGGGCUGGGCCUUCCCCUUCCCCGGGGUGACGCUCAUUGAAGACUUCGUGACCCGGGAUGAGGAGGCCGAGAUGGUUCGGCUGAUGGACCGGGACCCCUGGAAGCUCUCCCAGUCGGGACGCAGGAAACAGGACUACGGCCCCAAGGUCAACUUCCGGAAGCAGAAGCUCAAGCCUGCGGGUUUCUGCGGCCUCCCGGACUACAGCCGCGAGGUGGUGCGCAGGAUGGGCCUGUACCCGGGCCUGGAGAGCUUCCGGCCGGUGGAGCAGUGCAACCUGGACUACUGCCCCGAGCGGGGCUCGGCCAUAGACCCGCACCUGGACGACGCCUGGCUCUGGGGCGAGCGCCUGGUGAGCCUCAACCUGCUCUCGGCCACCGUGCUGUCCCUGUGCCGCGAGGCGCCCGGCAGCCUGCUGCUUGGCCCGGCCCCGGCCGCCGGCCCCGAGGCGCCCACCGACAGCCUCAUUGCCCCCAGCCGCUCGGUGCCGUGCCAGGAGGUGGAGGUGGCCGUGGCCCUGCCCCGCCGCUCCCUGCUGGUGCUCACGGGCGCUGCGCGGCACCAGUGGCAGCACGCCAUCCACCGCAGGCACAUUGAGGCCCGCCGCGUGUGUGCCACCUUCAGGGAGCUGGCUGCCGAGUUCCGGCCCGGUGGGCGGCAGCAGGAACUGGGCCAGGAACUGCUGGGCCUCGCGCUGUCCUUCCAGGGCAGGCCUGUGUGAGCCGCUGCCACCCUGCUACCGCAUCAGCGCUGUUUGGGAGGGCCGUGCUCACCUGAGUUCACAGAGUGUUGGUUCCACUUCCUCUGCCCCUUCCGUGCCCUGAUCCAGGAUUCGCCCCUGCUGCCGCACGAGCUGCUGUAGGAGCUGACACUGUGGAGCUUAGCCUGGGUCGGGCCGCCCUCCUCACCGGCUUGCUGUGAAAAAGAAACCUCCCCUCCCA